GGGUUAGGCAAUUAUCACGUGAAACAGGCACAACACAUUUUGAGUUUGAUAUAAACUUCCUGUGCUGAUAGUUUUCCUCAGUCCUGCUGAAAGAAGAAUAAACCAGUCUGAGUCAGUAGAGUAAAACAACAAGCUUAACAAUUUAUAAAGUGGGCAGUUAUGUUCAUUUUAAAAGGAAUGUGGACUUUUCUUUUACUCGCCAUUCUCCAAAUCUCUACCUGUGAAGUGAGUCAAACUGAUAAAACAGAGCUCCAUUCGACUGGAAUGGAAAUACUGCAGUCCAUAUUUCCAUCAAUUGAUGCAGUGUUUAAAUGGUCAAAUGGAGUCACAUAUAUUUUCAAAGGCUCUUGUUAUUUUCGCUACGAAGACAAAACGAACGAGAUUUCAAAUUGCAGACGAUUAUCCGCAUGGGGUGGGCUAACUGGACCAGUGGAUGCCGUAUUUCGCUGGCGCAAUGGAGUAACAUAUUUUUUCCAGGGCGAUUGUUAUUACAGAUAUGAGGACAAAACUGACGAAAUAUCAAAAUGCAGUCCAGUUACAGCGUGGGGAGGAAUGACUGGACCAGUUGAUGCUGUGUUUCGCUGGAGUAAUGGAAUCACAUACUUCUUCAAAGAAGACUGUUACUACCGUUACGAAGAUAAAGAUAAUAAAAUAUCUAAAUGCACUCCAAUUACUGCUUGGGGUAAAAUGACUGGACCAAUCGAUGCUGUAUUUCGCUGGAGUAAUGGGGUCACGUACUUCUUCAAAAGAGACUGUUACUUCCGGUAUGAAGACAAACCUAACGAGAUAUCUAAAUGUAGAGCAAUAGCUUUAUGGGGAGCGAGUAGUUACCAACCACUAGAUGCUGUGUUUCGAUGGAAUGAUGGAGUCACAUAUUUUUUCAAAGGAUUUUGUUAUUACCACAAUGAUCUCAAAAAAUGUAAGCCAAUUUCGGCUUGGGGAGGGAUCAGUAAACCUGUAAGUGCCGUAUUGCUGUGGAAUAAUAAGGAGACAUACUUUUUUGAAGGAAAAUGUUAUCACAGUUAUGAGGCCAAAAAUAAUAGUAUUUCAAAGUGUAUACCAAUUUCUACGUGGGCCAAAAAAAUUAGAGUUGUUGAUGCUGUAUUUCGUUGGAGCAACGGGAUCACAUACUUCUUCAAGGGAGAUUGUUACUACCGGUAUGAGGAUAAAACUAAUAAGUUGUCACAGUGUAGUCCAGUUACUGAAUGGGGAGGAAUGACUGGACCAGUGGAUGCAGUAUUUCGCUGGAGUAAUGGAGCCACUUACUUCUUCCAGGGAAACUGCUAUUACCGAUACGAUGACAAAAAUAACAAGUUGUCACAAUGUAGUCCAGUUACUGCAUGGGGAGGAAUGACCGGACCAGUUGAUGCUGUAUUUCGCUGGAGUAAUGGAGCCACUUACUUCUUCAAGGAAGAUUGCUACAUGAAGUACGAGGACAAACCCCAAAAACUCUCUGGUUGUAAUCCAAUUUCUGCUUGGGGAGGAGGAAUAUACUAAUUUUUUUUUCCAUAGAAGAAAAAACUGAAGGUAGUUGCAGUUCUAGAAGAUAACAUCAGUCACUGGAAUUAUUCAGAAUGCCGUUAUAUUAAUUAAUCUCUUUUUGUUUUAUUUUGGCCUGUUUAUUUGUAUCACUGGAUUCAAUAUAAAAAUAUUAAUAUUUCUUAAUCUGUACUUGAUGAUGUUAUAUUUUUAUGUUAAGUGAUGUGAGAGUUUGUUUACGUUAACCAGAGAACAAGAUCCAAAUUAUCUACUGGAGUAUAAGUUUUGUUAAUAAAGAGCUUAAGAACAAUAAUUUUAAAAUCUAUAAUAAUAAAUAAUGUUCCACAUUUUGUGUAUUUUUAAGAUUGUAUGUUGCUAUAUACCAAAUAAAAAUUGAAGAUAAAGGAA